UGUUGCAAACUUGCAAGUUGCAAAAGAUCUGUACUCUCUUUCUCUCUCUCCCUCUGUCUGUUGCUGAAAUUGCUGUUUCAUCGGGAGGAGCAAGUUGUAACGAUGGGAUUGAAAAUAACUCAUUCUUCCACCUUCCUGUUACCUUCAAUCCCAGCCGACAACGGGCCCUCUCCAACGUACGCUUUCGUCGUGCUCAACCAACCCCUCCCUCGAUUCACCCCUCUUCUUUGGAAGCACGAGCAGCACAGCUUCGUAUUUGCGCGGAUGGUGGAGCGAAUCGCGUCUAUGAUGAACUCCCCCCACUCCUGCCUCACGAGGACGUCCCUGAUCUUCGAAACAGGUACAAGCCCGAUAUAAUAAAGGGCGACAUGGAUUCUGUUAGACAAGAAGUAAAGGAUUUCUAUGCAAAGAUGGGGACCAAGAUAGUAGAUGAAUCUGAUGAUCAAGACACCGCAGAUCUCCAUAAAUGCGUUGCAUAUAUUCAUGACUGCACACCGAAUGUCGAGAAGUCUAAUUUAUGCAUUCUUGUUGCUGGAGCACUAGGUGGACGGUUUGACCAUGAGAUUGGAAACAUCAACGUGCUAUGCCGUUUCUCAACCAUGCGAAUAGUUCUUUUAUCUGACGAUUGUCUCAUACAACUUCUUCCAAAGACUCACUGUCAUGAGAUUCAUAUCCAGUCCUCUGUCGAGGGCCCACAUUGUGGACUUAUCCCUAUUGGAAUGCCUUCUGGAAGCACUACAACCACCGGUCUCCAAUGGGAUCUGAAUGAUACAGAAAUGAGAUUUGGUGGUUUGAUAAGUACAUCGAACAUUGUGAAAGAAGAGAAAAUAACGGUGCAGUCGGAUUCAGAUCUUCUUUGGACAAUAUCCAUUAAAAGCCUAGCUAUUUAGUUCAAGAUGAACUACUAAUAUCACAAAUUCUCCUCUCCCAACAUAUAUUGUUGUGCCCUUAUUAGAAUAAUGGAGGGGAACCUGUAUAAUUAGUUUUUGGGAAUUGAUAUUCGCACUCCCUUUUUUGUUAUCCACACUCCAUUUUUUGUUUUUUAUUGUUGAUUCAUUUGUUAUCCACACUCCUUUUUUGUCUUUUAGCAAAGAAAUACACACUUUUAACACUAAAAAAACAAAAAAGAGAGUGUGGAUAACAAAAAAUGGAGUGUGAAUAUCAAUUCCCUUAGUUUUUAUGUUAGUUUCUUUUACUUUAUUUUUAUUUUUAUUUUUAUUUGUCGUCUUGGUAGUAGUUGCUGCUUCUUUCGAGCGAUUUAUACACUUAAUUCUAUCAAGGGUUCUCAGCCAGUGGAAUCGCGUUCUUGUAUGGGUGCCGUUGUAUUAUGCAUACCUCCUUAAUAGUAAUUGUGAAAGUUUGUUUUUUUUAGGCA